CCUGUAAAAUGGCUAGGGCCUCUGCCUCGGUGUUGAUGCUUUGAAGAUCCUCUAUUUCUCUGGCCUGUGCUUGUAUCACAUCUCCCCUUUCAUCCCUUACACAAAAGGCCCAUGAACUCCUACCCGGGUUUCCUCUUGAGACUCUAUCAGUAUUGACUUUUAUCCAUCCAAUAUCUGGAGUUCUCCAAGUCACUGGUGUUAUUCAUUGAGCCCUGACUUCAGCUCUUUUUUUCCAUUACUCUGUCUCAUUAAUAUACCUCCAAUAUAGCAACAUAUUAUUCCCACUUCUUCUCCCUCUUUCCCAUGCUCCAAAUUAAUUAAUUAACCCUAUCUUUCUUUGAUUCACAAACUGUUUUGUUACCUUUCCAUAUAUCCUCUAUUUUCUUGGAAAAAAAAAAUUUGUUUUGUGUUCAUCUCUGGAUCUUUCCAAUAUCCUAAUUGUUCUCAUGACACUCCAACUCUAAAGCACCCUAAAAUUAAUACCCUUUGAACAGCCAUUGCAAAUUUACAGUAUAUUUUCAAUUACUAUAACAUUAUUCACUGACUCAGACUUGUAGUACUACACUAUCUUUAUACUCACUUCUUCAAUAUUGGAGGUUCAUGGAUCAUUUUGGUAUAAAUUCAAUAAAGGAAGAGUUCUUUUCGGAUGAGUUCACGUCAUCGAUGCCUCAACCAAUGGAAGGUCUUCAUGAGAAUGGUCCUCCACCAUUUCUCACAAAAACAUACGAACUUGUGGAUGAUCCAAGUACCAACGACGUCGUUUCUUGGAGUAGAGGUAACAACAGUUUCAUAGUAUGGGAUCCCCAGAGCUUGGCCAUCAAUCUUCUUCCAAGGUAUUUCAAGCAUAACAAUUUCUCAAGCUUUGUCAGGCAGCUCAAUACUUAUGCAUUCAGGAAGGUAAAUCCAGACCAUUGGGAAUUUGCUAAUGAAGGUUUCUUGAGGGGCCAAAAGCAUCUCUUGAGAACAAUUAGGAGGAGAAAAACAACAAGCACUAGUAAUUUCAUCAAGGCUUCAUCAAACCAAGGUAUGGACUCUUCAUCAUCAUGUGUUGAGUUGGGAAGCUUUGGGUCAUUCGAUGGAGAAAUUGAUCAAUUGAGACGCGACAAGCACGUUCUCAUGAUUGAACUUGUUAAACUUAAACAGCAGCAGCAGACUACUAAAUCAUACCUUCAAGCAAUGGAACAAAAGCUUAAAGGGACAGAAAUCAAACAGCAGCAGAUGAUGAGUUUCUUGGCCAAAGCACUAAAGAAUCCAAGCUUUGUGGAGCAGUUAAUGAUGCAAAAGGAUAAAAGGAAGGAACUUCAAGAAGCAAUCAAGAAGCAGAGAAGGAGGCCAAUUGAUCAAGGUCCUAGCAAUGUAAAGUUAGAACCUCAAGAUUUUGGUGAUAUUUCUGAAUUUGAUGAUUUAGAACUUCUUAUGAACAUGCAAGGACCAAGUGAUUUUGAGAAAGAACAGAUUGAAAAGAUAGAAGGUGGAGAUAAUAAAGCAAUUGAUGAAGGAUUUUGGGAGGAUAUGGUCAAUGAGAAUGUUGAAGAUGAUAUGAUGACUUUGCUUGGUAUUGAACAGGAGGAUGAAGAAGAUGUUGAUGUUUUCCAGCUUGGAUUUUUAGGCUCUAGGUCAAAUUGAAGAGCUUGUUGGCUGAUUUCUUGAUUGUGUUUAGCUCUUGCAAUGAUUUGAUUAAUUCAGUUACUUGAAUACAUCACUCUGUACUGAUUGUCCCAUAAACUUAAUUUUCAAUUCUUUUUCUUUUUGUUCUUGUAGGGUACGUUUACUUUAGAUUCAAUGUUUUCUAAGAUUCUUUUCUCAUAUUAGAAAUUAUUUAUGCCAGAAGAAAAAAAAUAGAGAAUUUUUAGUGAGGAUUCAUAUAAUUGAUUUGAUCAA